UGGAAAGCUGGGAGAGGUCCAGUCAGAGCCCAAGAGCCGGAGCUACCCCUCAACCUGUCAGCCAUGGGGGAGAUGGAACAACUACGGCAGGAAGCGGAGCAGCUCAAGAAGCAGAUUGCAGAUGCCAGGAAAGCCUGUGCUGACAUCACUCUGGCAGAGUUGGUGUCUGACCUGGAGGUUGUGGGACGGGUCCAGAUGCGGACACGGCGCACAUUAAGGGGACACCUGGCCAAGAUCUAUGCCAUGCACUGGGCCACUGACUCCAAGCUGCUGGUAAGUGCCUCGCAAGACGGGAAGCUGAUUAUAUGGGACACCUAUACCACCAAUAAGGUGCAUGCCAUCCCCCUGCGCUCCUCUUGGGUCAUGACCUGUGCCUAUGCCCCGUCAGGGAACUUUGUGGCAUGUGGGGGACUAGACAACAUGUGCUCCAUCUACAGCCUCAAAUCCCGUGAGGGCAAUGUCAAGGUCAGCCGGGAGCUCUCGGCUCACACAGGUUAUCUCUCCUGCUGUCGCUUCCUGGAUGACAACAAUAUCGUGACCAGCUCAGGGGACACCACGUGUGCCCUGUGGGAUAUCGAAACUGGGCAGCAGAAGACUGUGUUCGUGGGACACACAGGGGACUGCAUGAGCCUGGCCGUAUCUCCCGACUUCAAAUUCUUCAUUUCCGGGGCCUGUGACGCCAGCGCCAAGCUCUGGGAUGUGCGGGAGGCAACUUGCUGCCAGACUUUCACUGGUCAUGAGUCGGACAUCAAUGCCAUCUGUUUCUUCCCCAACGGAGAGGCCAUCUGCACAGGUUCAGAUGACGCCACCUGCCGCCUCUUUGACCUGCGGGCCGACCAGGAGCUGACCACCUACGCCCACGAGAGCAUCAUCUGUGGCAUCACAUCCGUGGCUUUCUCCCUCAGCGGCCGCCUACUCUUCGCAGGUUACGAUGACUUCAACUGUAACGUGUGGGACUCCAUGAAAGGGGAGCGUGUAGGCGUCCUCUCUGGCCAUGACAACAGGAUCAGCUGCCUGGGGGUCACACCUGAUGGGAUGGCUGUGGCCACGGGUUCCUGGGACAGCUUCCUUAAAGUCUGGAACUGAGGAGACUGGAGGAAGUAAAAGGCCAUGAAGACACUCCACUGCUCCCUCCCCUGCCCAUUUUAAGGCUUUCUCUUCUCUACCCCAGCCACCAUUGUCACGAAGCUUUCUCCUUUCAGGGUAGUGGGAGUGUGGGGAGUGUGCCUUUGGGAGGCAGCAUUCAGGACACAGAGGCAGAGAACUGUCUCCUCUCCUUCCAAGGCCUCUCCUCUCCAUGGUCCUGAUGUCUCCCUUUAAUGAGCAAGGAUGAGCGACCCCUCCCCACCCCUUGGCAGGUCUAGUAGGCUUCCAUCUGAGGUUCAGGCCCUAGGAUUCCCCACCCAAAGCCACCACUCGUCCAGACCUGGGUGGCACAGGGUGCUUGGCCCCAUGACUAUGGCUUGGAUACCACAAAGGUCCUGGCCCCCUUCUCCUUCAUGCUUUCUCCUUUUCUACCUUCUUUUUUCUCUUCUAAAACACCUGCAAUAAAAUGUAGCACC